UCUGUAAAAAAAUAAAAUCAAAAGUACCCCAGUAAUGUACUUGCUCCUUACAAAAAUGCAAAUACAAUAGCACGUGGGCUGUGCUGGGGAGGCGCCUUUCCUAACACCCGACUUGCUGUAUUUCACCCAGCUGGGGCUCUGAGUUGGAGCCACCGAGGCUCCUUACAGGUGUGAUAGCGAGCUCUCAGUUUGGGCGGAGUGCGUGCGAAGGGCCAGUGAAACAGAAUAGUAGAUCUCGCCUUUUGAGAGAAAGAGGAACUGCAAGCUGAAAUGUCAAGCGGCAGGGGAGCGAGUGAGAGCCCUGCAUCUGCCGCUGUGGAAAGUUAUCCAGGGCCUGUGGCCAAGUUAAAGUUCACUGAGCAGCCUGUGAACAAGUUGAUCCUGUCUAGAUUCAGGAGGUGGACGGCCCGUCAACCGGAUAGACGCCACAGACAAGGGGGUCUGUCAGCCGUCGUCUGCCGGCGGCAGUCUCGGGUGCGCACCCCAUUAUUGACGGCAUUCACUUCCCGGGAGCGGGCCGGCGUGUGAGGGUGGCUCUCCCCGCGGCUGGACUGGCGCGGGCCGGGGAGCUGGCCCUGGAGCUGCUCCCGUUUGUUCGCCCGGCCCCCAGAGACGUCACUGCCUGCUGCGUGGGUCGCUCUGGGCUAGUGAUGGAGGCGUUAGCAGCUUGGCCUGGAGUGGCUCUUGCGGCCUGGGCCAGCUGACACACGCCACUUAGGGUUUCCAAGCAGCCCAGUUGUCCCCGCUCACGCAGGGCUGAUGCACUUGUGGCUAAAUGCGGUGCGGCCAGGGCCCCGGGCCAGCUCUGGGGCAGGAAAUAGAAUGCCACCUCCAUCACCAGGGAGACAAUGGUCUGCAUGCAGGGUUUAAAACCAGGGCCAGCAGAAAGCUCAGAGGGACGGACCGGGAGAAAGGAAGGGAGAGCGGAGGGCGGCCCGUGUGGAUUUUUGUCUUGGCCUGUGACCACGGGCAAGCCUCUGAGCCGCCCGCCCCCACUUUAAGUUGCUCUGUGUACGAGAUGGAGGUCACGGCAUUCACACAUCUCGCUGGGGAUUUGUGAAGUGGCGUCCGACAGACCCCGGGACCCAUGGAUGGAAGGUGGUAUAACAAGGAGAGAGAGGAAGAGAAAGGAGCCACUCCGCAGCCUGCACUGUGCACCAGGGGCGUGCAGGCCGAGCUCGGGGGGCCACAGGGAGAGAGCCAGGAAGCUGACCCGCCGGAGGGCACAGCGGAGGGGCUGCCCCCUGCAGGAGCUUCGGGGAUGGGGCCUGCCGUCCUGGCCCAGCCGGAGGAGGCCUUGCCGGGGCAGGGAGAUGGCGUGCCCGGCCCGGACCGUGAGGCCCCUGCACACCUGCCACCAUCCGGAGAGGCAGACGCCAAAGCACCCGGGGCGGCUGGCCAGAGCCCGGGGACCGGCCUGGAACUGCCUGCGGCACCCAGCGGGGGCGGCGAGGCCCCCGCUGGCCAGGAGGCUGCCCCAGACACGGGACAAGGACCAUCGUCCGGCGACCCUGAUGCUCGGCCCGCAGAGGAGGGCAUGGAGCCGACUCCGGGGCUGCCAGCCAAGGCCACGGCCGCUCCAGGGGGUGACAACCUGCACCCGAGGAUCCCCGUCCAUGCGCAGGACAUGGGUGCCCCUGCGGAGCUGCCGGUGACACAAGGGGGUGGCCCCGGACCCGCACCCCCUGUGGAGGCCCCAGCGGCUGUCCAGCCAGGUGAGCAGGACCCACCUGAGCCCAGGUGCUGUCCCCAGGCUCCUGGGACAGAGUCGGAAAAACAGACCCCGAAAGGAGCCAGCGAGUGCCCCCCACCGCCUGUGCGGAGCAGCGACGGGGGGACGGAGGCUGAGGACCAGCAGGGGCCUGCACCUGAACCUGCCACGGGACCACGCGGGGCCAGGAGGGACUCGGGCACCGGUGCUGGGGCCCCGGGCCUGCAGCAGGACAAAGGCCCGGGAGCAGGGAGCCCUGAGCCCCAGAAGGCCUGCAGCCCCGGGUGCCUGGGCAGAGCUGAGGCGGGAAGGACACCCCAGGGCGCCGAGGCCUGCAGCCUGGUUCUGGAUGACAGCCCGGCCCCGCCAGCCCCCUUCGAGCACCGGCUGGUGAGCGUCAAGGAGACGUCGGCGUCGGCGGGCUACACCGUGUGCCAGCACGAAGUCCUGGGAGGGGGCCGGUUCGGUCAGGUGCACAGGUGUACAGACAAGUCCACCGGCCUGCUGCUGGCGGCCAAAAUCAUCAAAGUGAAGAGCGCCAAGGAUCGGGAGGACGUGAAGAACGAGGUGGCCAUCAUGAACCAGCUGCGCCACGUCAACCUGAUCCAGCUCUACGACGCCUUCGAGGGCAAGAACAGCUUCACCCUGGUCAUGGAGUACGUGGACGGGGGCGAGCUCUUUGACCGGAUCACGGACGAGAAGUACCACCUGACCGAGCUGGACGUGAUCCUAUUCACCAAGCAGAUCUGCGAGGGCGUGCACUACCUGCAUCAGCACUACAUCCUGCACCUGGACCUCAAGCCGGAGAACAUCCUGUGUGUCAACCAGACGGGGCACCAGAUAAAGAUCAUUGACUUCGGGCUGGCCAGAAGGUACAAGCCUCGGGAGAAGCUGAAGGUGAACUUCGGCACUCCCGAGUUCCUGGCUCCAGAGGUGGUCAACUACGAGUUUGUCUCGUUCCCCACGGACAUGUGGAGUGUGGGCGUCAUCACCUACAUGCUGCUCAGCGGUCUGUCCCCGUUCCUAGGGGAAACCGACGCGGAGACCAUGAACUUCAUCGUGAACUGCAGCUGGGAUUUCGACGCUGACACCUUCGAGGGGCUGUCGGAAGACGCCAAGGACUUUGUGUCCCAGCUGCUGGUCAAAGAGAAGAGCUGCAGAAUGAGCGCCACGCAGUGCCUGAAACACCGGUGGCUGAGUGACCUGCCGGCGCGAGCGUCCAUGUCUAAAGUGGGCCUGAAAUCCCAGCUCCUGCUGCAGAAGUACAUGGCGCACCGCAAGUGGAAGAAACAUUUCAACGUGGUGACCGCAGCCAACAGGUUAAGGAAAUUCCCGUCCUGCUCCUAAGGCUCGACCCCGCUGCUCCCCUGGGCCGGGAAGGCACUGCGACCAGCGGCGACGCGAGGGCUGGAGGCUUUAAACCAUCAGGCCUUUGGCUAAUACCGAUCCCACUUAUUUUGUAAAAAUGGCGAUGGUGGUUGCCUUCCUUGUGGAAGAAAAGGGGCUGUAAAGACAGUGCCUGGAGAGCUUUUUUCUGCCUUAGCAGGCCACUGAGCUUGAACUGCCUUGUUGCUCCCCAAGUGUGGGAGCCUGGGGGGUGAGUGUGGGCGCGCUGUCUGUAGGUAGGGAAGCUUGUGUUUGCGCGGGCCGGGGCGGAGUUCGGAACGUGCUGAUCCAGGAACGGGGCGUGUCGGUGGGUCAGCGGCAUCUCCUGCCGCCGCCGCCCGCCCCGGGAGCUCCUGCCAGUCCGAUUGGCUCUCGGGUGGGCGGACGUGUCCCCGUGGGCCCCGCUCCCGGUUCAGCAGCGCAGACUCAGGGCAGGGGGCCUCCCGCUUGUUUGACCCUGGGCUCCCUCGUGGGAACCGAAACGUGCAAGGUUUAGUAGUCUUCCACGUUUCAGAAUGUGCAACCGUCCUGGCGAAACCGGAACAAGGAUCAUUUUGAAUGUGCUUUUGAAGUCUCCACCCACCCCUGGCCUCUCCCAAUUCCGCCCUGUCUAGGGCCCACCGACGCCCCGCCCUCGGCCGUGAAUGGGGGUCCGGGAGGCCUGGGAACCGACGUGCAGUGUGGGAGAGAUGGGAACAGGGCAGGUGGGCCCCUUGCGGAGGGAGACGUUAGUGAGGGUGCGCACUGGCCGUGCAGCUGCCCUACUCAGCGCCGGACAAGGGGUCCUUCACUGUUGGGACGCGAGCAGUCCUUCUCAUCUCCUCACCUCUCACCCGAUGAUCUGUUCCGUUCCCGCCGCAGCCCCUGGGGCAGCAGUUUUAGGCAGAGUAGUCACUUUGAGUUGUUAAUUAGCCAACAGUUUCUAAGCCUUUCAGGAUUUCUGUCCACAUAAGGACAGGUUUUGGGCAGAAGGCCUGGGUGUGGGGGUUCGUGCUGCCGUGGUAGCUCUCAAGUUGGCUUUCCUGGUCGGAACCGGGAUGUUCAGGGCCAGCAUGGUGGGCCUGCUCUAAGCCGACCGGCCCCGGGACCUGGGAAGAGGUGGCCGCGGGAGACCACCCUGUGGGGAGCCCAACAGGGGUUGGUGGAAUGCUCGGUGGUGAAGCAUCGGCCCCCUCUCUGCAGAAGGCUGACUUGAGAGCAGCUCCCAGAAGGCGCUGGUUACGGAGGGCAUCUUGUAAGUGGGUGAGUCUCAGCCUCUUUGCGACUGAGGUCCUUGGGGAACGCUCCGGAUAGUCCCCAGAAACACGGAGUGCGCCCCUGGGAUCCACAGCUGCACGGCGGGCAGGAAUGUGGUACGAGCCGUCUGCAUACAUGAGUAAUUUCUGAUAGCUCCUUCAGGAACGGAACCCUGGUGAAAUAAACUGGAGUAAUUUAUUUAACA